CGUGCUUCCGGAAGCAGCAUCAACAGUACCUGAUCCCUCUCCCAAGCCGCAUAUUACCGCAUCUAGUUCACGUCCACCCAGAUGAAGCAGAUCUGGUCCGCAACCCCACGCGCGUACCUCGGUCGGCUGCUCAUAGCGUAACGGACAAAAGACCGCAUUUAGACGCCAGAUUGAUUGUGAACAAGCGCUGCUUUCAUCCAACUGUGAUAUUGAAUUAAUUACGAUAACUGCAUAAUAUAAAACUUUUAAAGUGUUGUGGUCACUUCAACAAGAAAGAAGUAGCGGGUAUAACUUAUAAAGGCUAAUCGUGAGUAGCAAUCAAGUGCUAUGGAUUAACAACCCGAAAAAUAAUAAGGAUAAGGGAAGAGGGCAGCAAAACGACAAAGCUAUAAACCACAAAUGCUGAACAAAUCAUUAUUCAUACCGGCUUUCUAGCGUACGUAAAACAGUCUUAGAAAGCCAGCCACGGGCCGACGCAUCAGUAGGUGUUUCGAAGUGACUGUACAACUUGUGCACUUUUCUGAGAAAUCGCAACAAUGAAGGCCAACGGAGAAAACGGUGACGCCUCGACAUCUUCUGCAGAGCAGCAACUUGCUGAUGAGCUCGCCGAUAUUGAUUUAAACGACUCUGAAUUAGCCCAAGCCGCAUCAAAGAUUCAAAAACAGUUUCGCGGACUCAAAAAAGGAGGCGCCUUGGCAAAAAAGGAGAGUGAUACGCCGUCUGCGCCCGUUGAGCCGAGCCCACCCCCAGAAGUAGAGAAAACUGAAACGGAUGAGCUGGCCGAUAUUGACUUAACGGACCCGGAACUCGAGAAGGCAGCUAUGAAAAUUCAAUCAACUUUUAAGGGCUUCAAGACGCGACGCGCACCCGCGACCAAAUAGAACGUAUCGUCAAUUACAAUAGAGAGGCCUAGUGAAAAGGCCACAACAAAAAUGAAUCGGUUGACUUCAUUGCCGAAAAAGCAAAAGUUAGCAUGUUCGUGUCGUAGGCAUUUGCUGAAGUAGUGCAUGGAGAAAGCUGCAUAGGACGACGUAGCUGUAACGUCACGUUUUGAAUAUUUCCGGAAUAGUGUAUAUAAAUAGUAGUACGCCAUUUCUUGCAUAUGAACAGUCUUCGCCUAAUCGUGUCCUGCGUUAAUCGUUAAUUUGCUGUUUAAAAAGGUACAAUUCUACAUAUCUUCCUGUUAGGAAGGAAGCAUAACUGUUAAUUUAAUCAUACCGACAAGAAAAAGGUUCAGUGGCUUGACAUAAUGUAUCCGCCUUCAGUAUCAUAGCAAUAUCAUACAAUAAUAAAAAUACAUAAUUUCCCGUAUAAUCGAUCAACAGGCCACAACAAACAACAGGCCACCAUAAUAACGAUUAUAACUCACUUCCGUAGGGACACUUGCGUUGUAUCUGUCGCUCUAAACGUUCGGUGUCCUCUAUAUGAAAUUCAACGAUUUUGGGGGUGGACGCGCAAAAGAGACGGUAGUAGAUUGGAAUUGGAAGGAGGUCGCAUUUAUACGCAGGCGCCAUGGGAGAAAUCGAAUGUGGAGCGGAAAAAAUGGGCAGAAUAAAGAGAAGAACGCUUAGCAGUAAUUACGAUUUGUAGGGACCGUCCCGUUAGAGCAUAUCCGCUUAGCAUAUUACAUGUCAAGGAAAUAAAUGUAUGCUAUUCCGGGUACUAGAAUUACGAAAGCCACAAGCGUCAACUGUGUAAGUUGUUGAAAACGUUAAGUGGAAAGAAAAUCGCUUCAAGGCACGGCAGGUUUCAUAACGUCGGCGGGAGGUUUAUUAAUGGCGAAAAAAACGUUUCGCUUUUAUUGCUAUAGCAUGAAUGCCACUUACCAUUAAUUUAUUUAAGCCAGUAUUACCAAACAACAGUAUGGUAAUACUGGCUUAAAUCUAAUCGAUUAUAAGACAAUCUAAAACGAUAAAAGGUACCUCGGGGCAUGUAAUACAUAGUACGCGCAACUUAUCUUGAAGGGUGCGGGCGCUACAGGUACUCAUACUUGUCAUAUGUGCUUGCAUUUGAUACACGGGUACAACGUAUUGUAGGUAAUAGAAUACGCGAUUACAAGGACAGAGGUAAAUUAAAGACGAAAAGAAUUUGGUACACAGGAAGACGGAAGCUCAGCGUUAGGUACUUCAAAGAAAAUAAAUUAUCGACAGUUAACUUACCUACGACAAUACGACUUACUAGGACAAUAUCAGCCUACCGUAUGACCAUGUUGCGUGCCGAACAGCAAACGAAAGUUAUAUUGCUAAAAUAAUAAUAUUAAAAGCUGGAGAAGUAGGCAUAUAACAUAACAGAUGUUUUCCACUUGAUCUCUCAGCUUUUCUAGCGUAUGGCUGCUGCUAAAUAGCAGGGACGUAUUUGUUUAGACGAAGUAAAAAAAAAAGCAAUCAAUAUUGAACAUAUCGGUUUGUGCUGAGGCCGUUUACGGUACUCAACUUUCUAUUCUAAUUAGUAGAAUUAAUAAUAUUAAGUUCUCUUAAAUCAUUGAACUAAGAUGUCUAUUGGAAAUGGUAAAUGUAGACAGACGUAUUCGUCCCUCAAUAAAGCGUAGCUUUCAACCGAAACACUAUACACGAAGUAAUAGUUAGGGAAAAAUGUUCCAUGCCUGGAUGAUUUCAUCAUAAUUAAAAACAUUCGUUUUUUUUCCAGUCGUUGGAGCAUAAAAGUUCUCGCUUGCAAGUCAGUCUACGCCCAUUCAAAUUUGUGCUUUUCUUCUACUUAGUGGUAAAUAGCAACGCUUUUGUAAAAAGUACUACCACACAGAAGUCAGUCUCUGUAAAAGAUAGGUACUACAUUUCUUGAAACAUUCUCGUAGAAAAAUAGAUAAAAAGGAAAAGCUAACUUUUCCAAACAUUAUUAUAAUACAACGAAAUUCUUUCAUUGUGUUUAAUAAUAUAUAGUAGAUACAGUUAACCGAAGAAAUGACGUUAAUUUAUAAGAGUAAAGGUAAACCUCUCAGUGUAGAACGUUGCCGAGAUAACGAAGUAUAUAAAAAAGUCUUUUGACAGGCAAUCCGAUUUUUGCUUGCAUAUGUGGCCUACUUCAAAAGUGCGGUUGUAGAAAUAACGAUAAUAAAAAAAAAACCACAUAUAAAAAACUAACAAACCAGUACGUUUUCCACGAGAUCACCGUGCUAAUCUUAGAAGUCUCGGCAACGAUUGCAUACUGUAAUGCAUGAGUUAAUAGGGUAUUAUAACCGUAUGUUACGAUUUUAGUUGCGCUAUAGUAUUAAAGCAAUUUGUUGUAGUGUCCGCAAAAGUUGGCCAAUACAAGAAUAAUUAUAAUAAUAAUAUACAGAGGUAUAAAACGUUACAAUAAAGACGUUUACAGAAAAGGA